AUGAGCUGGUCCGACCUGCCAGCCGAGCUCGUAGCCGGGAUCGCCGACAGGAUCACGGAGCACGUGGACCUCGCGCGCUUCCGCUCGGUUUGCCCAUCUUGGCGCUCGGCCUCGGCGGAGCACGCCGCACGCCGCCGCACCCCCCUGGUCCUCCUGCCCUCCCAGAGCUACUCCCGCGUCGACCGCCGUCUCUGGUCACCCGCCAACGACAGCAUCACGGAGACCCCCAUGCCCGCCGCAUGCGGUCGCUCCUUCCUUUUCGCCUCGCCUCGUGGCUGGACCCUCGGCGUGGCCAACGACCUCUCGGCCACGCUGCUGCAACCAUUCACCGGCGCGUCGGAGAGCCUGCCCGCACUGCCGCCAUCCUUCCACGGCGAAUAUGAGAAGAUCCUCCGUGACAUGGUAUGGGAUCGGUCCCCUGGCGCCGUCAUGAUCUCGCCGGGCAAAGGCGCGUUCUUCUGCAAGCUGCCGGGCGACGGCGGGUCAUGGAGCGCCGCCGGAUCCUCGCAAACGGCUGCCGUCAGCAGCAUCACCUACGAUGACGGUACGUUUUACCUUCUGGACGGGCGAGCCCGCAGGGUCACGGCCGUGGACGCCGCAACUUUCGCCGUGACCGCCGUAGUCGAGCCACCAGAUCUGGUGUCGCCCAGACAUGCUUGGUGCACACCCGAGUCCACGCUCGUCGUGUCCUCCGGCGAGCUGCUCCUCAUCGUCAGGACGCACCUCUUGUUCCAAGUAGCACCAUACGGCUCGGGGGGCCUCUUCAAGGUCUUCCGCGCGGACAGCCGGAGCCUGGCGGCCGGAUGGUCGGAGGUCGCCGGCGGCGGCAUCGGCAACCGCGCCCUGUUCGUGGACCAUCUGCGCGGCUUCUGCGUGGAGGUCAGCGGGCUCAACGGGGUGCGGAGGAACUGCGUGUACGUGGCCAGCUCGCACGAGAUGGUGAACGACGACUACGGGCUGGACGUUUAUGGGAGGUACACCGUCUCGGUGCUCGACCUCGACGACCUUUCCACCCAGGAUCUCUCAUACGGGAACCUGUUGAAGUGCAUGUGUGGCAGUGGCCUUCUUGGAUCAUGCCAAGUCCGCGCUGAUCCAAACAAAACUCUGCUUUGUCGCAGGAAAUAA